AUGAGUUUAAGUAAUGCAAGUAACCCUGCUGGUGAGAUCCAAAGGUUGAAGAAUGAACCAUCUGAUGUAAAGCAAAUGCUCAAAAGUGAGUCAGACUUAGAUGUUGUUGCUGAUCUCAGAAAGAAACUCCAUCGGGCUAAGAAAGAAAAAUUAGAAAUGACGGCGAAGCACAAUGCAGAGCUGGCAGGCUAUGAGAGCCAGAUUGCCAAACUGCGAGCUGAGGUUGAGAAGGGAGAGGCGUUGCGACAGAGUCUGGAAUAUGACCUGGCUGUUGCUAGGAAGGAAGCUGGUCUCGGAAGACGGGCGACUGAAGAAAAACUGGCUGAGGCUCAUAGGGUCCACGAGCAACUCUGUGAUCAAAAUUCAGAACUUCAAGAAAAGGCAAAUGAGAUUGAAAAAGCACUUCAGACUUCCCAGCAGAAAUGGAAAGAAGAAUGCAGAAGAUUUGAACAUGAUUUGGAGGAAAGAGAUACUAUAAUUCAAAAUUGCAAUAGAGAUUAUGAUUUACUUAUGAAAGAAAAAAGCAAACUGGAGCAAGCACUACAGGACGCACUGGAAGUACAUCAGCAGGAGAAGAAUGAGCUGGAGUCUCAUAUCAGGGAGACUGCUCUGGAAGAGUUCAGAUUACAAGCAGAACAGUGGGAAGCAGAACGAAGAGAGCUACAGUUUAUAGUACAGGAACAAGAUAAUGCCGUGCAAAACAUGCACAAGAAAGUGGAGCAGCUGGAGGGGGAACACAUGGAGUGCUCUGACCUCCUGCGCCGGCAGACCAGCGAGCUGGAAUUCAGCACUCAACGAGAAGAGCGUCUUAGAAAAGAAUUUGAGGCAACUACCCUGAGAGUGAGGAAAUUAGAGGAAAAUAUUGAAGCAGAAAGAGCAGCACAUUUAGAAUCAAAAUUUAAUUCUGAAAUUAUUCAGUUACGAAUUCGAGACCUUGAAGGAGCUUUACAAGUAGAAAAGGCCAGCCAAGCAGAAGCUGUUGCUGAUUUGGAAAUGAUAAAAAAUGAAUUCAAAGAAGUUGAAAGUGCAUAUGAGCGAGAAAAGCGUAAUGCCCAAGAGAGCUUUGCAAAACUAAGUAUGAUGGAAAAAGAGCAUUUCUCCAAAAAUAAGAAACUAAAUGAAGAGAUCGACGAGCAGAAGAAAGUAAUUAUUGACCUUUCAAAGAGACUCCAGUAUAAUGAAAAAAGUUGCAGUGAGCUUCAGGAAGAACUGGUAAUGGCAAAGAAGCACCAGGCCUUCCUAGUAGAGACAUGUGAAAAUAAUGUGAAAGAAUUGGAAUCGAUCUUGGACAGCUUUUCUGUGUCGGCGCAGUGGACGUCAGGCAUUCACAAGGACAGAGAUAAACCUCCCAGCUUCUCUGUUGUCCUUGAGACUUUGAGGCGUACCUUGACAGAUUACCAGAACAAGCUGGAAGAUGCAUCUAAUGAGCUAAACAGCAUGAAUGAUGCUAAGGAAAAGCUAUCCAAGGACCUCGAUGCUGCUAAACUGAAGAUAGAGUCUCACACAAAAAAUACAAAGGACCUUCAGGAUAAAGUGGCCGACGUGAACAAGGAGUUAAGUCAUCUACGCACUAAAUGUGCAGACAGAGAUGCUUUAAUAAGCACUUUGAAACUGGAACUACAAAAUGUGCUGCACUGUUGGGAGAAAGAGAAGGCAAAGGCAGCCCAGGCUGAGGGUGAACUCCAGAAGCUUUCCCAGGCUUUCCAGAAGGAUGCCGAGGAGAAGCUAACCUUCCUUCAUACCUUGUAUCAACAUUUGGUAGCAGGCUGUGUGCUCAUAAAACAACCAGAAGGCAUGCUGGAUAAAUUCUCCUGGUCUGAGCUUUGCGCAGUCUUGCAGGAGAAUGUUGAUGCCCUGAUUGCAGACCUCAACAGGGCUAAUGAGAAGAUAAGCCACCUUGAGUAUAUCUGUAAAAACAAGUCUGACACGAUGAGGGAGCUCCAGCAGACCCAGGAAGACACCUUUAACAAAGUGGCAGAGCAGAUCAAAGCCCAGGAGAGCUGCUGGCACAAACAGAAGAAGGAGCUGGAGCUGCAGUACUCUGAACUCCUCUUGGAGGUGCAGAAGCGAGCGCAGAAAUUUCAGGAAAUUGCUGAAAAAAAUUUGGAAAAAUCGAACCUUAUUGAGAAGUCACAUGAACAGUUGGUUCUUGAAAAUACACAUUUCAAAAAUGUGUUGUCACAGACGCAUCGGGAGCAAGCGUCCUUGCUGGCGGCCUGUGCUCUGCUGGCUGGGGCCCUGUAUCCGCUGUAUAGCCGGUCAUGUGCCUUGUCCACACAGAGGGAUUUUCUCCAAGACCAAGUCAACACGUUCGAGUUGUUCAAAUUGGAAGUUCGAACUAUAGCCCAGGCCUUGUCAAGCAUAGAGGAGAAGAAGCAGGAGGAAGGCAAGAUGAAGAAGAAAUCCUUCAAGGGGUUGAUACGUGUGUUUCGGAAGGGGGUUAUUGCGAUUUUGGCAGCAAACAGACUCAAGAUUUUAGGCCAGUCUUGUGCUUCUCUCUUUACCUGGAUGGAGAAUUUCAAAGAAGGCAUAGGAAUGCUAGUGUGUACAGGAGAGCCGAAAGACAAGCAUAAGUUUCCAAAACAUCAGAAGGAGCAGUCUCGUUGUUUACAAGCGUUCAGUUGGCUCACCAGUUCUGACCUUCUUACUGCCAUAAUCAGUUCGAUGGUCGAAUUGCAGGAAGUUAUUAGCAAAACAGAUCCAAAUUCCAGAAUCUGUGGACAUUUGCUCAUAGGUGCAGCCAAGAAUUCUUUUGCAAAACUCAUGGAUAAAAUCAGCUUGGCCAUGGAGAGCAUACCUCUGCACAGUAGGAGCAUUACGUACGUAGAGAAGGAUUCCCUGGUUCAGAGGUUGGCCCGUGGGCUCCAUAAAGUCAACACGCUGGCCCUGAAGCAUGGUCUCCGUAACCACGUGCCUAUCAUGAAAAGCACAGCAUCGUUACAGAAGCAAAUAUUUGGAUUUACGCAGAGGUUGCAUGCAGCUGAAGUAGAGCGCCGCUCGCUGCGCUUAGAGGUCACAGAAUUCAAGCGAAGUGUGAAUGAAAUGAAAAAGGAACUGGACAAGACCCAGAGUCUCCAAAUGCAACUAAAUGAGUUUAAGCAGUCUAAAUUAAUCACUCAUGAGAAGUUUGAAAGUGCCUGUGAAGAGCUGAAUAACGCCUUACUUCGGGAACAGCAGGCCCAGAUGCUCUUGAAUGAACAGGCACAACAACUACAAGAGUUGAAUUAUAGGCUGGAAUUGCACUCCAGUGAGGAGGCUGACAAAAACCAAACUCUUGGGGAAGCUGUUAAGAGUCUCUCCGAGGCAAAGAUGGAGCUGAGAAGAAAAGAUCAAUCUCUGCGUCAGCUCAAUAGACAUCUUACCCAGCUGGAGCAGGACAAGCGUCGGCUGGAGGAGUGCAUCCGCGAUGCUGAGAGUGCCCUCCGCAUGGCAGCCAAAGAUAAAGAAUGUGUUGCCAAUCACAUGAGGACAGUAGAAAACAUGCUACAUAAGGUCAGAGAUCAGAUCGCGCUGUCACGGACUGCAGCGAGUCGGAAUGACUUCACCCUGCAGCUACCCAAACUGCAGCUGGAGACCUUCGGUGUGGAGGGCCUCAAGGGCGGGCCAGAGGUGGUGGCAUGCCAGGCUAUGAUUAAAAGUUUCGUGGAUGUCUACCAGCUUGCAAGUGCUAGAAUUGCUACAUUAGAGAAGGAAAUGACAUCUCACCGAAAUCACAUUGCAACCUUGAAAUCAGAACUUCAUACAGCUUGUCUACGUGAGAAUGAAAGUUUACAAUCAGCAGGAUCACGAGACCAUUCAAAUCUCUCCAUUCCUUCGAGAACUGCUCUUCCCUCGGACACAGUUGUUGUUGGGGACUUUUUGCCAUUGAAAGCUGAACUUGAUAGCACCUACACUUUCCUAAAGGAGACUUUUCUGAAUCCUGUGACCCAGGUUCUCAGCCAACCUCACUCCUCUCCAGUGACGGUGUCUGCAAAUGCCAAAAGACCAGCUCAGACCGGAUUAUGACUUUAUGCAAUUAAAAAAAAAGGAAGACAAGUUAACAAUACAAUUAAAAACGUUUUGAAGGGG